CCGUCCGGCGUGGCGGUGUCGUCCGUCGGCGGGACGCUCUACGUGGCGGAUACCAACAACCACCGCAUCCGCAAGAUCGACACCUCCGGCGGCGUCACCACCACGCUCGCAGGCUCGGGGACGGACACCUUCGCCGACGGCACGGGCACCGCCGCGAGCUUCAAUUUCCCGUCCGGCGUGGCGGUGUCGCCCGACGGCAGGACGCUCUACGUGGCGGAUACCUUCAACCACCGCAUCCGCAAGAUCGACACCUCCGGCGGCGUCACCACCACGCUCGCAGGCUCUGGGACGGGCACCUUCGCCGACGGCACGGGCACCGCCGCGAGCUUCAACUACCCGGCCGGCGUGGCGGUGUCGCCCGACGGCAUGACCGUCUACGUGGGGGAUUACCUCAACCACCGCAUCCGCAAGAUCGACACCUCCGACGGCGUCACCACCACGCUCGCCGGCUCUGGGACGCCCGCCUUCGCCGACGGCACGGGCACCGCCGCGAGCUUCAACUACCCGGUCGGCGUGGCGGUGUCGCCCGUCGGCGGGACGCUCUACGUGGCGGAUUACGAUAACCACCGCAUCCGCACGAUCGACACCUCCGGCGGCGACACCACCACGCUCGCAGGCUCUGGGACGGGCGGCUCCGCCGACGGCACGGGCACCGCCGCGAGCUUCAGCUACCCGCGCGGCGUGGCGGUGUCGCCCGACGGCAUGACCGUCUACGUGGCGGAUACCGACAACAACCGCAUCCGCAAGAUCGACACCUCCAACGGCGUCACCACCACGCUCGCCGGCUCGGGGGCGUUCGCCUUCGCCGACGGCACGGGCAUCGCCGCGAGCUUCAACUACCCGGUCGGCGUGGCGGUGUCGCCCGACGGCGGGACUGUCUACGUGGGGGAUGAGAGUAACAACCGCAUUCGUCAGGUGACAGCAUGA